AAAAAACAAGAAAAAAAAAAAACGUCCCAUCUCAAUUGAACUGCUCAUCUGGCACAGCAACACCAAUCCAAAAAAAUCGACGAUGACUCGAGAACAACACCGGCGGCGAUAAUACCCCAAAGUCCGGAACUACGAAAUUUUGCAAACAAUCACCGGCUUGGCCGGACAGCUGACGUCCUCCUGCCGGCAUCCCUUGCAUACCGCUUCAGUGAAAUUAUCCAUACCCUCUUCGCUCCGCCUCCGCCGCAAGGCACUGUUGCGAAAGGGUCCACGGAUCACGGCACCGAGCCCGUCCGGCGUUCCGGCCGCCUCAGCCCUCCCUAUCCACGGCGCGACCGUCACAAUGUCCAACACGCUCGACUCCAUUGUCAAAGGCGCCCCGGUCACCCUCCCGGGGCAAAACCCCGCCAGAGCAGCUGGCGGCACCACCCCGAUCGCCUCGUCCGACACUCCGCCGACCCCGGGCAAGCCAGGCGACCCACUCUCGCACACCCCGAGCUCCCCCUCGAUGAUCUACCUCAACCUCCUCAUCCUCGAAGCGUCCCUGCGCGCCCAAUACCUCGAGCUCCGCGCCCGCCGCCGCCACCACACCUUCUUCCUGUCUCUGCUAACGCUCUGGACGGCCUUCUUCGGCUACGCGCUGUUCUUCGCCCCGCGCGAGGACGGCCGCGGCGUCGGCGGCAGCGUGUAUUGGGUGGUCGAGACGACGGAGCACAUGUGCUUUCUGGGGGGAGUCAUGACGGGCCUGCUGGUGUGGGCGACAGGCAUCUGGGAGCGGGGCGUGCGCUGGCCUCGGCGGUGGUUCGCCGUGUCGAACCGCGGGCUGCGGGCGUUCAACUGCAAGCUGGUGCUCAUGAAGCGGCCGUGGUGGAAGGAGGCGCUGAGCACGGCCGGCUGGUUUCUCACGUAUGGGCUGUUCUCCAACAACGGGAGCUCGUACCGCUGGGUGGACCCCGCGCUGCUGAGGGAGGUGGAUAGAGAGCUGGGGCUGUCGAGGGAGAGCCACCCGACUGUGCAUGUCACGAACUGCGAUGAGGAGAAGGGCGGGCAUGAGGAGGAUCUGGCGCCCGGUGGGGACUACGUCAAACUUUUACUUCUGGCCAAGCCGUUUUCGCCUACCUUCCGGGAGAAUUGGGAGCUCUACAGGGCCGAGUAUUGGGAGAAGGAGAACGAGCGGCGUGCGCUGUUGCGGGCCAAGCUCAAGGAGCGGGAUCGCAAGCAACCCAGGCAGAAGAAGAGCGGUUGGUUCUCGUGGCUUCCAUGGCGCAGAGCGGCUGCAGAAAAGCCAGUGGUGGUUUCUAAUGAGAAACCCCACCAUUCGCGGCACGCGGCUGUGGUGCAUGAGCACAAGCGGGCGAGGAGCGGCAGCACCAACCUGCGCCGGGGCAGCAUGUCGAGCGCGACUGGAUCUCGGAGCGGGACUCCUAAAUUUGAGGUGGAAGAGCAUCCUACCAUCGCGCGUAAGGGCAGCACAUCGUCUGAGGCCUCGGACAAGAAGCGCAAGAAGCUGGCCGCCGGGGUUAAGACGCGGCCUCGGGUGGAAUCUCGGUCUGUGACUCCUGAGAUCCCAUCGCCGCUGGCCAAAGAAAGCACGCCUGACUCAGCGAGGACGCCAAGUUCAAGUCCGUAGGGUGGUAGACUAGUUGAAAGUGCUAUACAAUAACCGUAGCGUGUCUUUAAAGAGUUGAAUAGACAGUAUCCUCUCCC